UAGUUGUCCAAAGGAACUUAAUAAAACCAAAAAAAUAAAAAUAAAAAGACCAAAACCUUUGAGUAGUCUUUUAAAGCAUGCAUAGUUGAGUGAAGCUGUUACUAUGGCCCUAUCUCCAUCAUAUUCUCCUGCAUUCCUCUCCACCAGUCAUUCAUCAUCAUCAUCUCUGAAACUUGUCCAAUUUCAUAAUCCCUUAAUCCACUCUUACUUCCCAGAAAAACCCACUUCCGCCAUCCCCAUCCACACACUCCCAACCAGUACUAGUACUUCAGCUUCUAAUCAAAAGUGGAGAGCCAGAGUUUCAUUCUUUCCUGCCUUCUUGAACAGAGCCAAAGUUGCUGAAUCUCUCAAGGAACAGCUUCUUGAGGCCAUCGCGCCUCUUGAUAGAGGCGCGGAAGCCACACCAGAAGACCAGCAGAGAGUUGAUCAGAUAGCACGCAAACUUGAAGCAGUAAAUCAAAUCAAGGAGCCACUAAAAUCUGAUUUACUGAACGGAAAAUGGGAGCUCAUAUACACCACUUCAACAUCAAUUUUGCAAACCCAGAGACCCAAAUUUUUGAGAUCAACUGCAAACUACCAAGCUAUUAAUCUUGAUACACUUAGGGCACAAAAUAUGGAAUCUUGGCCAUUUUUCAAUCAGAUCACAGCUAAUCUGGUACCUUUAAACUCAAGAAGGGUGGCUGUUAAGUUCGAUUUCUUCAAGAUUGCUAGUCUGAUACCUAUUAAAUCUCCUGGAAGUGGUCGUGGUCAAUUGGAAAUCACUUACUUGGAUGAGGAAUUAAGGAUAUCAAGAGGUAAUAGAGGGAAUUUAUUUAUAUUGAAAAUGGUGAAUCCAUCCUAUAGGAUCCCGAAUUAGCUCUUGGGAAAUAUAAUUUUUGAGGGUUUAUUUUAUUAUAUAUAUAUAUAUAUAUAUAACAAUAUUUAAUAUAAAGGGGAGAAUGUUUGAUAUCUUAAACUGUAACCUAUAUAAGGGACAUAUUAACUGAGCUAAUUUCAUCUUAUAUAAUAUUUCAUGCUUUGAGCUAUA